GGGGCUUGGAGCUGGGGAAAAUGGCGGCGCCGCUGAACCAACAACAGCAGCAGCUGCAGCAACUACAGCAGCAACUGGCGGCGGAGGCCCAGACUCAGGCCCAGACCCAGGCACAGACUCAAGCCCAGGCCCAAAGUCAGGCCCAGCAGCAACUCGCCCAGGCCCAGCAACUGGCUGCAGCUCAGGCCCAGGCCGGGCAGCCGGCGCUCACACAGCAGCAACAGCAACAAGCCCAGCAACAGGACGACUCGGUGGCCAAGUUCAAGCUGCUGAUCCCGCAGCUCAAGGACUCGCUCCAGAAUCUGAUGAGGAUUGCGGCCCAAAACCUGUCCCAGAACACUACAAUUGACAAUGGACAGAAGAGCAAUGAUACCGCAUUACAACGCUUCGAUAAGAGUCUAGAGGAAUUCUAUGCUCUGUGUGACCAGGUGGAACUGUGUCUGAGGCUGGCGUUCGAAUGUCUAUCCCAGAGCAUUGACAGCGCGAAGCACUCGCCAAACCUGGUUCCCACGGCGACCAAGCCCGACACGGUGCAGACCGAGAGCUUGUCCUACGCCCAGUACCUCAGCAUGAUCAAGUCACAGAUCUCCUGUGCUAAAGACAUUCACAACGCCCUCCUGGAGUGUUCGAAGAGGAUCGCCAGCAAGGGGCAAAUCUGACCGGCAAUGCUUUUACAGUCCACAGUCCGACUCUGGAAUCUCUCGAGUUGGCAUUUCCAUGGACCUCUGCCAUAUCAAUGCGGGUGUUGUGUGAGUGCUGGGAUGUUCAGGCAUCCCCCAUUCCGUUGUCUACCUGUUUGGUGUAUCGGUUCUCUGAACCUCCACCCGUCUAUGGUUAACAUCCCGUGCUAUGAUCAGUUCCUGUUUUCCCAGCGGGGUUAGGGUCAUCAGUGCCAUAAGCAGUCCUGUUUCUUCUUGGUUUCUUGGUCCUCCAAAAUAUUCCAAAUGGAAUUUAAACUGGAGGUGGCGGAGGGAGGACUUAAGCCAGAAAGUGUUUUUGGGAAGAAAGAGCUACCUUAAAUGUAGUUGCACCUGGUUGGGUAAAUAUAGUUGGGUGAAGACUAUUCCAUGCUUUAAUUGUGCGGGGGAAGAUUGUUCCAUCAUUCAGAGUGAUGCUGCAUGUUCUUCAACUUUAACAAGCUCCGCUUGCCUCUGACUCUAAGUGGCGAUGCCUGACAUGGCAAAUUCCAGCUCACCUAUCUGCGUGUACAUUGUGGUUCGUUGAGGAUGACGGCACAGCUAAAUGAUUUCUUCUCCGCUCACAGUAAGGAGUGUUGGCCUCACAACCCCUUGAGUCUUUUCCACGAUUUACCUCUGGAUCACAGCUGUUCUGCAUCUUAGGUGGACACAAAAUGCUGGAGUAACUCAGCGGGUGAGGCAGCAUCUAUGAAGAAAAGGAAUGGGUAACG